AGUUUGAAACUCUGUAAUCACAAAUCAAAUAAACUAUAUACAUAAAUUGAUCUCCUAAACUUCUCCAGAUAAGUUUUAUUUUACUUUUGGUAGAUAGCAGGGCUGCGGCUUCUUUAAGAUAACUUAAUUUGUAAAAUUUCCAUCAACAAGGCACUCCAAAAAUGGUGAAUGUUAAUUUUUGGUUCACUCCAAGGUCAAGGUCUACUGCCCUGCUUAGAUGUCUUUCAAACAUCCCCGAUUCCAAGAUCAUUUUUGAGAAGUUCACGUGGCUUUGUGUUUCCGAAGCCGCACCGGAAACCUUUGAUCUUUUCGGCGUCGGGAAUGACCCGACAUUCACCUAUGAGAACAUUCUAGAAGAAUGGAGAGCGGAGCCGAGUAAGUUUAAAAUCCUCAAAGAACUCAAUGUCGCUGUUAAAGACGAAACACUUCCUGAAAUUGCCGACAAGGAUUCGGUGAACAUUUUCUUGGUUCGCAGUCCGGCUCUGACCGCGACUUCGAACAUGCCGAGUGCUGAUAUUACGUAUUAUGACGUAAUCAGUGAGUCAGAGGCCCUGGACAUGCCGAUGGUCUAUCAGAAGAUGUUGGAUGCAAUUGAGUUUGUCAAGAAGAACUGCGAAAAACCACCUCUUAUAUUGCCAGGAAAGGCUCUCAGUACAAAAGAAGGUUCAGUAAAAGUCGUCAAGCAAAUCUGCGAAUUGAUGGGCGCGGAGUUCUCAGAAGACAUGCUUUCCUGGAAAUCCUACGAGACGUUUGACCCCAGCUGGGACGUAUCUUUCCUGUCCAGGGCAGCCGACAUUCCUUUUGGCUUCUUCAGCCGGGCAAAUCAAUCCACUGGAUUCGAAGACGGAAAAGAGCGGGAAGUUGAUAUGAAGAAAGUAGCGGAGGAUAAUCCUCAAAUGGCAGCUGAUAUAGAGAAAACUGACCCAAUCUAUGAGCAAAUAAUGGAACACGCCGAGAAAUUCGAUUAAUCAUGGUCGCAUAUUGAACUAAGAAUACUGAAACAAUAAACAAUCAGUUUUGUUG